AUGAAAUCUAAUUAUAUUUAUUAUUUAUUUGUAAUAUAUUUAAUUUACAAUUUCGCUAAUGUUGUUCAUUCAGCGGAAUGUGGCAGCAAUGCUCCUCCUUUGGAGCAAUACCAAAUAACAGCUCCUAACGGGUGGUCUCUGGAUUUUGCCUUUGCCGAUUACAAUCGUUUACUCCUUGAUUUCGGUGGUGUUGGUCAAGUCAGUAAAGCCGUUGCAGAGAAAAUCUAUUUGAAUCAACCAAGAUCGCUUCAUCUUAGAUUCUACACCAACGAUAUCUAUGACCUGUACUUCACUGUCUACGAUUUCAAUGGAGUGCCAUGUAAUCAUACCGCUUCUACCAAUGCAACUUUGGCCAUUCCAAAGGUCGAUAUUAUCCAACCAAAGUGCCUUUUCACCAAUGCCACAAUCACUCCAAUCAAUAAUACCAUUAUCAACGCUCAAUCAUUCACCAUCAAAAAUGUAAUGAUGGCAUCGCCAGACUUUGAAAUGACAGCAUAUACUCCAACUUUCCAAUAUGGAGUUCUCAUGAACGGUGUCUAUUCUCUUACAUACUAUCCCUCUGGAUUUACAUCACUAUUGAAUCUUCAAGCCAAGAAUGACUUGGUUCCAUUGGUUAAUUACCCAGCAGGUAUACUUGGAAAGAACAAUUCUAUGACCAUCUUGAAUCCACAGAGUUUCACUUCGAUCAAGUUAUACGAUCCACAAGGUGUUGAAGUUGCUCCAACCUCUCCAAACACAUACACAAUUAUGAAUACUAUAUCUUAUAAUUUGGUUGCUGUUUCAAAUACAUGUGGAACUCAAGUACUGCCAGUCAAUUCUGACAAUAUUCCAAUUCUUAAGAGUACAGUUCACUCAUACAAUUGCGAUGACCGGACUGUCGGUGUAUCCUUUGGAUUCGAUUACAAUGUCACUGGAACCGACUAUUCCUUAACAUACUUGGGUAAUCCAUAUCAAAUUGGUGAGAUCCUUAAACUUGAACAAUCUGAUAGUGUAUCAAUUCAACUCAAUGGACAAUUCUCGACAAGAUAUUAUUUUUAUAUAUCACCAUUUUCGAGCAAUCUCACAUACACAGUCGAUUCCUAUCCAACUUGUUUCUCUGAUGGAUCGAUUCAAUUCAAUUACGAUGGUGAUAUUUCCAAUGUCAGAUUAAAUGGUCAACCACUCCUAAGUAAAACAAUUCCAUUCGAGUAUGACACAGAUUAUAUUGUGCAACCAUUUUGUGGAGAUAGCUUUUCAAUUCGUCACAACAACAAUCCUCUCUAUUCUGUAGACUCAACAUCAAGGGAUUGUCUUGGAACUUCCAGUAUUGUCAUCUCCAACUACAAAUCUUUCCAUGAAUUGAAUCUCACCGAUACAAAACUCAAUAUCAACUAUACAAUCAACUCUGACGGGGUUUUCAAAGACGUUAUCAACUCCGACAAUUUGUUACUCAGUUAUAGAAAUUUCGCCAAUUGUUCAAUUUUCCAAACCACUCUUAAUGAUAUUAUUAUUACCGAUCCAGAUGUUUCGACAAUUGAUCUCAAAAAACAAAUACUUACACCAACAACAUCAUGCCAAGAUAAGGUUUCAGUAAAUUUCGAAAUGGUCAACCAUGGUGUACUUAUUGACAACGUUACAUUGAAUCUCUUCAUGGGAGAAUCAUAUCUACAUAAAAUCAAAUUUGGAACAUGUCCUCCACUUUCUUACUAUCUUGAAGUCGGUUAUUCAUUAAAUGCAACGACCUACAAAAUAAUUAGACCUGCCGUUUGUAAAGAUUCAUUGGCAUUGGUUCAAUUCGAAUCUGUAGAUCUAUUAAAUUUGGAUAGCUUGUAUGUCGAUGGAAACAAUUAUGGUUUUGAUAGAAACUCAGUAAUUAUCCAAGUUCCAACAGGAAAACAUAUAGUCGAACUUAACUAUUGGAAUGACAUGGCAGGUUGUGUAGCGGUGUUGGAAAUCGAUAUUCCAUACACAAAGGAUAUUGAAAUCGCAUACACUGUCACCAAUCAAGAUUCCACAAAUUGCAGUUUCGCAACUGGUUCUGUCCAUUUCUCAAAUAUUGCCGACUUUUUUUCUUUGGAAUUCGAUGCCAUGCCACUAGAUUCUUCUGGAACACUUGGUAAAUUGAAUACUGGUGAUUACUUAUUCGAAUUUAAUCAUACAGUUUGUGGAGUUGGUCAAAUCAAUAUUCCAAUCGUUACCGAUGGUAAAGUUAUUUUAGAGGAGAUCUACCACCCAACUUGUAUUAAGAAAGGCCAAUCUGAUGGUAUUCAUCGUGUCACUGUAUUUGAUAGAUUGGGAAAUAGAAUUAGAAAUAUCACAACCAAUCCAAGAUAUUCAUUCGAUAAUAUGGGAAUUAUUGCUGGUCUUUAUGAUGAAUAUGAAAAUAGAAUCCAAUACCUCAAUUGUAUUUGGCCGAUUCAAGGUGAAAUUCCAUUAACAGAUAUUAAAAUCACAUAUUCUGAUAUUAAACCAUUCACCUCAUACCCUGGAUCUUUUAAUUUCAAUGUCAAUCAACCCAUUAGAAUUAACCAAGCAGGUAUAAGUGGAUUUGGAUCUCCAUUUGUUUACCCCAACCAUAUAGAUUUCGCUUUGGUGCCAGGAAAUCAAAAUCCAUUCCAAAUAAUGUAUAAUGAUUUAUGUGUUGUUUCUACACCAGGACCAGUCAGUCCAGCAGAACCAGAUUUCGGUAUCAAAAUAACAACGAAAUGUGGAACUUUGGAUAAUUAUGCUCAAUUCCCACAGAGUGUUGUCGAUAACUAUUAUAUUACUACAAACAAUGGAGUUCCAGAUGAAAAUAAUCAAAUACCAGUUUACUCAGGACUUUAUAUAUUGUUAACAUCGAAAGCUACUGGUCAACUCCAUUUCCUUCUAAUGGAUAACUCAAAUAUUGAAGCACCAUCCAAUGUUCAAUACACCUUAACCAAUGAAUCAUGUUUUGGAAGUUCCGAUGGUUCCAUUACCAUCAUUAACCCAGAUGCAUCAUUAACAUACCGUCUCUCUGGUGAUUCAACUUAUCCACAGCCAGUAAAUGGAAGUUGGACUGGUCUACCUGUUGGUGAAUAUCAAUUAUCUGUAACCAAUACCACUUCAUUGUCGUGCAAUCAAUUAUAUUCAAUUAUUAUCAAUAGUAACGAACCAGUUGUAAAUCCAUCAGUAGUAAGACAAUGUGUUACUGGAGGAAAUGGAAUUGCUGCAUUCUCAACAAUCGUAAACAAUCAACAAGCCAAGAAUGUAGUGUAUUCAGUUGAUGGUGUUGAAAGUAAUUCCGAACAAGUAUUAUUGCCAUCAGGUAAUUACACAGUCAAGGCAUUUGUUAAAGAUAGUACUUGCCGUCAAUUUGUAAACCAAGAUUUCACAAUCCAAUCGAAUAUCAUUGAAGCCGAAGUUGUAUCAUCGAUUUGUUCGACAGCCAGUAUCAAAGCAACAUCAGAACUUCAAGAUCAAUUGAUCAUUAGAUUGAUUAAUGUUACAAAUGGUGGUAAUUCAUUGGUUGGUCAAGCAAUCAAUGGAAACACAGCCAACAUCACCAAUCUCUCUCGUGGAACCUAUCAAUUCACAGUUGCCGAAUCAUCUGGAUGUUUAAUGACAACAACAUCAUUCAACAUUCUUGAAUGUCCAACACAACCACCAACUGAAACUCCAACACAAACACCUGUCAAUCAUUCAUACCAACUUUCACCAUCAUCCUCUUUAUUAUUCACUUUCCUAACAAUUAUCUCUAUGUUAUUCAUUUAUCAUAAUUAA